ACUGUUAUGUGCUGCUGCUGCUGCCGCUGCCGAUAGCCCAGGCUUCGGGUUCCCGGGACCGUGCAGUGUGCUCCGCGCUCCAGCCUGCCAUUGUUACCGGCUCCACGCCGCAGAUCCCCGGGAGCAGCUAUGCAGAAGUACUACAGAGAAAUGGAGGAGUUGAUCGUGGAGCUACGACUGUUUCUGCAACUGCUGGACCAUGAAUAUCUUACAACCACCGUCAAGGAGAAAAAGAGCCUAAUAAGCAACCUCCUGCAGAGGAUACAGUCAUCCAAAGAGUUUGAGCUGAAAAACCACGUUCACAAAGCAGAGACGCUGAGCAGCGUUCCGGCCCCGCCGCAGAUGCCUCUCCCGGAGAUCCCGCAGCCCUGGCUGCCUCCAGACAACGGGCCUCCACCAUUACCAACGUCGUCGCUCCCAGAGGGGUAUUAUGAAGAAGCUGUGCCUCUCGGCCCUGGUAAAGCUCCUGAAUAUAUAACUUCCAAUUAUGACUCGGAUGUCAUGAGCAGUUCAUAUGAAUCUUACGAUGAAGAGGAGGAAGAUGGGAAAGGACAAAAGAAGAGACUUCAGUGGCCAUCAGAAGAAGCCUCUAUGGACCUUGUGAAGGAUGCAAAGAUAUGUGCAUUCCUCUUGCGGAAGAAAAGAUUUGGGCAGUGGACCAAGCUUCUGUGUGUCAUUAAAGACAACAAGUUAAUGUGCUACAAAUCCUCCAAGGACCAGCAACCUCAGAUGGAGCUGCUGUUGAAUGGCUGCUCAGUCUCCUACGUACCAAAGGACAGUAAAAAGAAGAAGCAUGAACUGAAGAUUACUCACCAGGGUACAGACGCUUUGGUUCUUGCUGUCCAGAGCGAAGAGCAGGCUGAGCAGUGGUUGAGGGUGAUAAAAGAAGUGUGCAGCAGCUGUGGUGGGCCUGUGGACUCGGACGGACACUCCUCAAGUUCCCCCGUGCCAAGGACAGAACUGGAAAAAAAAUUGUCAUUGGAGAGGCCCAGCUCAGACGGGGAGUGUAACCUGGAGAACGGCACAGCCAUGGUCAAUGGCAAGGAGCCUGUGAAAAGAAAGAAAAGUACAAAAUCAGAGCCAAAAGGUGCAGUCACUAAGGUAACCGGAAAGAAAAUAACAAAAAUAAUUAGCCUGGGGAAGAAGAAGCCGAGUACAGAUGAACAGACGUCAUCUGCAGAAGAAGAUGUCCCCACGUGUGGAUACCUAAAUGUCCUUACCAAUAACCGCUGGAGGGAGCGCUGGUGCAGAGUGAAAGAUAAUAAGCUCAUCUUCCACAAAGACCGAACGGAUCUGAAAACGCACAUAGUAUCUAUACCUCUUAGAGGGUGUGAGGUUAUCCCCGGCCUUGACUCCAAGCAUCCUCUGACAUUCCGUCUACUCCGCAAUGCACAGGAGGUGGCUGUCCUGGAGGCUUCAUCUUCAGAAAACAUGGGCAGGUGGAUAGGAAUAUUACUGGCUGAGACCGGCUCUUCUACGGAUCCCGGAGCUCUGCAUUAUGAUUACAUUGAUGUGGACACUACAGCCAAUGUAAUCCAGACCGCUAAGCAGACCUUCUGUUUUAUGAACAGGAGAGUAAUAUCCACAAACCCAUACCGAGAAGCCCCCACAAAUGGCUAUUCCUGUCCUAGCGGAGUGGCACUGCACUACGACGACGUUCCCUGCAUUAAUGGAUUGUGGAGACCAGAGGAGGACUUGGCUUAUAACAGAAAGAAAGGAGAAGAGGUGCAUUAUGAUGAUGCAGAUGUGUAUGAUAACUUACCGUCUCCGAAAAUCUUUGCACGCUACCCGCCGGCUGACAAAAAGCCCAAUAGGUUUUCCACUGACAAACUAUCUCCUAACCACUACAAAUCUCCUGUCUCAUCCCGCCUGUCUUCUCCGUCUGUCACUAACAACUCUGCUCUGGGGAGGGCAUCUGUCGGUUCCCCAUCUCAGCUGAAGAGCAAGAAGCCUCCUGUGGCGUCCAAUGGUAUUGCAUCAAAAUCCAGAGUAACCAACAGCCUGCAGAAGAAGCCCAGCACAGCCAGCACUGUGAAGCGCAAUGUCUCCAAUGCUGAGCAGUAUAAGUAUGGGAAGAACCGAGUGGAGGCAGACGCUAAGAAGCUACAGAUGAGAGAGGAGGAGCUGCUGAGGAAGAAGGAAGCGCUUCGCAACAGACUGGCCCAACUCCGGAAAGAGAAACGCGACAUAAGAGCAGCCAUUGAAGCCAAUGCAGGGCGAAAGUCCCAGAUUCUGCUGGAGGAAAAGCUAAAGAAGCUGGAGGAGGAGUGUAAGCUAAAGGAGGGUGAGCGAGUAACUCUGGAGUUGGACUUGACGGAGGUGAAGGAAAGUCUGAAGAAGGCUAUGGCCGGUGGAAUAACUCUUGGUCUUGCUAUAGAACCCAAGAACGAGACAUCGAGGCCCCAGUCUCCAGUUCUCCGGCAUCGCACGGUGGAAAACUCUCCCAUCUCCAGCUGUGACACCAGUGACGCAGAAUGCUCUUUACCAGUAAACAGCGCUGCGGCAUUAAAGAGACAGGCUGCAGCCAAGAGCUCCCCGGUACGCGGGCACGUCCUAAGGAAGGCAAAGGAAUGGGAGCUGAAAAACGGCACAUAAACCAGAACUAUUCCUUGCGUUUCCUGUAUCAGAGCCUUAACUAGCACGGACCAAGAGACUGAACACGGUAUUUUGUAUACGAGGGUACAGCGUACUUUGCUUGUUUGUUACAUGAAGUUCUCUGCUGCACAUGACAGGGCAGCUACGGAGCAGCUGUCUCAGCGGAGCAAUUAUUCUGCCUUACGGAGCGCUCUCGGACAGGCUCAUUCUCUUCACUGUUGGUGCGUUGACCCUUCGAUGUGAGGGCUGAAUGCUCAUUGGUGUCUCCCAACUUCCUUCUCUACGCUGACAAUUACAGAACCUUACCCUAAACACUCGCACCAUGCCUUCACACAUAAUUGUGGUGUUUCUUGUGUUUGCUUCGGCUGUCUGAUGUAAGGUUUGGAGGGUUCCUGACUGAUUCCUGCCAAGAGUCGGGAGAAAGCCAUCGAUCCUUACUUUGUACAUUCCACUCUCCACUGCACAACCUGAGAAUAUGUCUGCGCACAGAGCGAUUGGUGUGAGUUGGCCUGCCUACAGUAACCAAAAUCGCCCUGGGCAACCGCGUGAGAGCUAUUCCCUGAUGUUGAAAAUGAGGUGGAAUUCGCAUGAUCGUGGAUGAGAUUGUGGGUCUUAGUGAAUUGCCAGAUGUUGUGUUGUCUUUAUUUUUAUUCACUGAUCAUUUGUAAAUAUGUUUUUAAUUUACUGUCGGUGGGAAGGGUGCGGCACGAGAUAAUGAUUAUGAUAUGACAUGGCUCAUACACCUAUGAAAUGUGCUACUAUAUCAUUUGUACAUAUUAUUUAUGUGUCUGAGUAGCCCGGGGAUUUCUCAUGAUUGACCUCUUAUCACCAUCUGUAGCCACUGGUCUUGGCUAAAAAAAAACCUACUAGGCCGGGUUAUAACCACACUAUGGGGUAAAUUUACCAAGAUGGGAGUUCUAUUUAAGAUGGGAUGUUGCCCAUAGCAACCAAUCAGAUUCUACUUCUCAUUUAUCUAGCACCUUCUAGAAUAGAUUACCUGGAAUGUGAUUGGUUGCUAUGGGCAACAUCCCAUCUUAAACAGAACUCCCAUCUUAUGUGCAACCUGAAAUCUAGUGUAUAAAAGUCCAACCAACAAUGCCAGAACUUUAUUUUAGUGUGUGCAAACUUUACAUCCUUCCGGAUCCGUGUAACUCAAGAGAUAUUUAUUUUGGAACAUGAUGCACCUUUGCGGUGUCCAAAUCCUUUUAAAAGACACUGAAAUACAGGGCCCUUUAUGUUUGUUAUCCAUAGUUACUACAGCUGUAAUUGAAUCCGCGAAAUACUGUACAUCUCAUCUGCACGGCACUGUGCAUUUUCCAACCAAGGUUAAAUGGAGAAAUAUAUUAUGUAAUGUUGACACAAGAAAGAAAAAACACUUUAUGGUGUAUUUACUACACGGCAGCCUGUCUGCGAUUUUGCCAGGUGUGUUUUGCACAUAAGGCGAUCGCUGUUUUAAAUUCUGCAGUACAAAACGUGUGGCAGUCAGUGGCCGCGUUGUAAAUAUAUAAACCCCUUGGCAAAAGUCACCUACCCCUGUGGGAAGCAGGGAUUUGGUGAUCUCAUAUUCAGUUCAGUGCCAGUGACAUCACUCGACAAUGGCUCAGCAUGCUUUAGUGAUGUCACUGGUGUUUGGUGAAUUGUUAGGCUACAUUCUAAUGAAUACUGAUUCGACCCACAGCACCCAUUGUGAGGGAGUGAUGUGGGUGCGGUCAUUCCUCAGACGCAGCUGCUUGGAGAAUUCCAAUUGGAUGGGAAAAGGAGUACUGGAACUUACCUGCUAGUUGGUUGACGUACCAAAUGCCUGAAUGUGUGUGGCCACUUUCUCAUUUUAGGUUUCUGCACAUAUAAUAAUGUAUAAGAUAGUACAACGGCAGAGUCACAUAAUAACGCUGUGUCUUUGGGAAAGAGUCCCACGUUUUUUGAUAAAAUAUUUCCACGCUGUGUUGUCAGUCACCCAGCAGGAGCACACCAUAUAUCAUAUGGAUCUUGUUACUCCUAACAGGUAUAAUCAGGAUGGUAACAUAUUGCUGUAAGACGUGUCUUGGUUCAGCUAAUGGUAAUACUAAUGUGUGAGAGGAGUUUGUACAUUUAUAAGUCAGUGUAAAGGGCCACAGAACCUAAACGCAAUGCGGUUCCGAUAUGAAGUCACACCUUGGCAAUCGCAGUAAUAUACAAGAACGGUGCCAACGGCAGUCCUAGGGGUUAGUCGCAUCCUGCCGCCUUCACUGUGCAAUCUCAUCUCGGACUCGCACCUAGGGCGCUACGACAAGAAUUGGCGAGUGCAGCGGUACCGUAAGUGUAGCAUACAGUCACACCUACUCGCGCAGCAGGUGAGCUUGCGACUAAUCGGUGUGAGCACUUAGAGCAUAUUCCACCCCGGAACUCCAAAAAAGGGGCAGAUUUAACAACAAGUGAAAUUUUUGUUAUCACUUGUUCCGAGUGAUAAGUGGUGCCCCAGCCAAUCCGCUCCUAACUGUCCUGUGUUUCAAAAAUGACAGGAGCUGAUUGGCCGGAGCACCAUUUGUCAUUCGGAACGAGUGAUAACAAGUAUAUCACUCGAUGUUAAAUCUGUCCCAAAGUUUUUUAUUUCUUUAGCAUCAGGUCACAUUUUUAUAUCAACUCACAUGAAUAUCUUGUUCUGAAGUCACAUAGGGCCUUAAAUGCUGCAAGUGUUACCUAAGUGGAUGCCAGUCUUUGUAUAAGUAUUCCUUGCUGUGCCCGGUGUGCAUCUGUCAUGCCGCAACAGCUUUGUGUGUCAGAAUUUGCCCCCCAUGUGUUGCGGCGUAAGGUACAUGUUAAUAAUAGCACAUGGCAAGCACAUGUUUUGUAAAAAAACUCAACUAAUAUCCGCUUUCAUCUGUGUCACAGAAGACUCAAAAUCUGUCUCUGUUGCUAUGGGUUAUAGCAUAUUCGUAUUACGUACAUAAUGCCACAUGUAGCGGCAAUUUUUACAUUGGCACUUUUGUCAAGUCGGGACCUAUUACAUUUGGCCCAUAGUGCUCCGAAAUCUGUGCCCACAAAAAGCCAAAACUGUUACAAGAAAUAUUAAGAAUCAUUUUGUUACUUUGAAUUUAAUUAUUUAUUUGUAUAUUUCAGCGAAUAUUGUUAAUGGUUUUAAUUUAUAUUUGUAAAUAAUUUCUGGGAAGCAUUAACUGUAGGGUUUUGUUGGACAUUUGGUCAAAAAAAGAAAAAGUAAAAAAAACAAAAAACAAACUUGUAAUUACAAUCUUUACAUGUCUUGUUUCUGUCUUCGUUCUGCAUUAAAUGGAUCAGUGAGGGUGACGCAGUCUUCAUUAUACCGUAGGGAAAACUGACAGCUAAACGCUUUGUAUUACACUCCAUGGGACCGUCUGCGGCAUAGGUGAUUGCCAUAUUCUCCAUAGUAGUCAGGGCAAGCUGCGUUUCUCCAACCACUAGUGGUCCCCCCCCCAAAAAAAAAAAAAAACAACUGCAAAACAGGUAUAAAAUAUUCAUUUAAAAAAAAAAAAAAACUUUUAAUAUUAUGUAGUAUUUGAUCAUCUGCUGCCCUAUUGAAAACUAAAAAAAGAUUUUUUAUUUUUUUUUCUCCUGUCUUUCUGAGUAAUUUACUUGUUUUUAACUUUUUUCAUAUUUUAACACAUACUGAGCUUGAAAAUGUAUGUAUUACAGGAUAAGUUUCCCCAUUCACCCUUACUGUAUAUCGUGCUGCACAGCUGUGGUAUAAAAGAUCUACAGUUAUUAGAUAGACAGGAAUUAGGUUAACAGGGUCAAAAGGUCAACUGGUAAAAGGUAGAUGUACAAAAGGUCGACAGGGUUGACAUGGAAAUGGUCGACAAAAAAAGGUCAACACAAGUUUUUUGUGUGUUUUUUGUGUCAUUUUGUAUGUUUCAUCACCUGUAACUCCAAUUAGUGGAAAUGUGUACCCUUGCGGGCUACUCCGAUCAUGCUUCGGGCAAGGUUACCAUUCCCAAUUGUAGUCCACGUGGAUGGCAAAUCAAGCAUAAGUUCAAAAAAUGUGAAACCCUCCCAAAAAGUGUCUACAUUUUGUACUGUCAGCAAUUUGCCUGUCAACCUUUUGUCUCCGUUGACCUAAUGCCUCUCGACCAUAUGGUGUCGAUCUAUUGGCUGUCUCACUAGACACUGUCUAUGUAUGGUCCGGAAACUCGCGAUGCGUACACAGUACAUUAGUGCCCUAUAUACAUAAAUCAUUUUGGUGUACACAGCUUUAAUUCAUUAUAAUGUGAUUAAGUGUCUGGUUGCAGAGUAAUGUAUUCAGCAUUUGUUACAGGAUGUUUCCCAGUAUAAGCAGAUAUCUUUUUUGGACAACUCAGGUGUUUUUUUUUUUCUGAAUGCCGGUUUUAAAAAUUAAAUUAAUUUUAUGUAUACCAUAUGUACUUAUUCAUCACCUUCCCCAGAAGAAGAACAUAAGGAAGUGUUGCCCGUAGUAACCAGUCAGCAUGUGACAGUCAUUUUUCUAGUACAGCUAAAAAUCAAAUGAGACAUCUGAUUGGUUCUUUGAAAACUGCCUUGAUAAAUAUAAAAUAUCCUAGUACCUGGUGAAAUACAUGAAAUAGGCCAUUCACUUGUCAUGUAAGAUUGUGCAGUGCUGCCAGUUGUUGUUAUACAUGUUCUCACACAACAGAGAAGAGAUGUAUAAUAAUGACCGCACUCACUAUAAUCUAGUAAUUGCCAUUAUGUCUGGUGCCACGUUAUGGUGUAUUAUUGUGCUUCAUAUGUACUACAUGUUGUGUGUGUUUAGGUUCUCUCCCCACAUGUGGGUGUCACUAGUUAGUACUGACAUUACUGAAAUAUUUCUUCUUUUUAAAUAUUCUUUCUUCUGCCAUUUUAUCAUGUAAUAAUUAUUUGUCUCUGGCCUGUUGUCUUAUUUUGGCACAUGUAUAGGAACAGAAAUACAGAAGCUACUGAGAUAUGCCAUAGGGUACUUACCUAUCGUUAGAACAAAGUACUGAGUUUAUUAAAAUAGUAUUAUUAUUUUUUUAUGCAGUUAUUUUACAUACAGUGUUUGUCUGGAUAAGAUGGUUCUGACUCCUGAUGGGCCCUCUGUAGCCUAAAAAACAAUUUUGUUUUUUUCAUGGUCUGUAAUCUUUCCAAACGUUUUAGAUGAAAUCGACUGCAGAAAUAAAUACAUAACUGGAUAAAUCAAUGAGAACUGGCAUGUAGACCAACCUCUGGUCAUUUUGGUACUCCCCUAUAUUUGAUGUUUUAUUUAAUUUCUUUUUUUAAAUACAUCCGUUCUCCCGAAGACUAGGGACAACAGUGAUGUCAUAGAUUGGCUGUUUUCUCAAAAUUAUUGGUUCACGACAAACAACGUGUUUUUCCAGUAUACAUAAUGGUUUAGUUUACAACAUCUUAGGUUUACAGACUACAGGGGAGAUUUAUCAAAGCUUGUAGAGAGAGAAAGUACCAACCAAUCAGCUUCUGUUAUUUUUCAAAAGCAGCCUUUAACGUAACAGGAGCUGAUUGGUUGGAACUUUAUCUCUCUGCAAACUUUGGUAAAUCUCCCCAUAAAUCUAAGGUUUAAACGUCAAUUGUUUAGUUUGCUAACCCAGAAUGUAUCGCUGCAAUUGGUAACUUUCUCUCAACAUUAUCAUACCAUGGGGGUAAUUCUGAGUUGAUCGCAGCAGCAAAUUUGUUAGCAGUUGGGCAAAACCAUGUGCACUGCAGGGGAGGCAGAUAUAACAUGUGCAGAAAGAGUUAGAUUUGGGUGGAUUAUAUUGUUUCUGUGCAGGGUAAAUACUGGCUGCUAUGUUUUUACACUGCAAUUUAGAUUGCAAAUUGAACACCCCACCCAAAUCUAACGCUCUCUGCACAUGUUAUAUCUGCCUCCCCUGCAGUGCACAUGGUUUUGCCCAACUGCUAACAAAGUACCUGCUGCGAUCAACUCGGAAUGACCACCCAUAUUUUUUUACCAUCAUUCGUUAUAACCAUGAGAUAAAUUAGGCAUGUAAAGAAUAGAUUUAUAGAGGUUAUCUGGUGCUUUUUUUCCUUUUGAAGAGGUAAAUGAAUAUUUUCUUUACUGGUGGGUAAAAAAAUAAAGUGAAUGAACAUCAAUGUGCAAUGACAUGUUUCCAACAAAUAGUAACACUUUCAGGCAGGUACACAUCAGUGUUUUAUUGCAUACACUAAGGUGUCUGUAAUAUACGUAUUGAUGUCUGCACUUCCUGCCAUGCAUGUACUGCAUUUCAGGAUUUGUAAUUUGUUUUUAGUCCAUUUCAAAAGGACAUUUUUGUGUUGAAUUCCUGCAAUAAAAAGAGGUGCUGCAUAUCCUGGUUAUCCCUUUUCAUAAGGUCUGUAAAUAGAUUUAUUUUAUGGGACAUAUUUAAUUUUUAAAAUGCAUAUUUUAUUUAAAUAAGACAUGUCUACUUGUUAUUUAAAGUGGAUACAACGGAUUAUUGUAUUUUAGAAUAUUCUUUAAAUAUUUCUGUACACUGUAUUAAUAUGGACUUGCACUCACUUUGAGUGCUUUCAGUUAUGUGCA